GUGGGUUGGCGCUGUUGGCAAAGCGCUGUAAAACACGCCACCCCAAAUAUAGCCCCCAUAGUAUGCGCUACCAAAGACGAGUGACGCAUGGAUGCGUGGAGUGAGGAUUGCUUCCCGAAACCUCACAGGUUGAGUGAUGUAGGAGAUUGCCGGACACAUAGACAUGUUGAGUGAUUAUAGCUGUAUACUGAAACCCCACGGAAAGGGGAGGUUUGAGAUUGCCAGACACAUGGACGGGUUGAGUGGGGAUAGCUGCAUCCUGAAACCCCACUGGUUGAGUGAUGUUGGAGUACCGGACACAUAGACGCGUUGAGUGAGGAUAGACACAUAUUGAAACCUCACAGGCGAUUGUGGUGGAGAUUGCGAGACACCUAGACGUGUUGAGUGAGCAUAGCUGCAUACUGAAACCUCACAGGUGCAUUGUUUGCCAGACACAUAGACGCGUUGAGUGGGGAUAGCUACAUACUGAAACCUCACGAGUUGAGUGAUGUUGGAUAGUGCCGGACACAUAGACGCUUUGAGUGAGGAAAGACACAUACUGGAACCUCACAGGUUGAUUUGUAUUGAGAUUGCCGGACACCCAGACGCGUUGAGUGAAGAUACCUGCAUCCUGACACCUCAAAGAUGGAUUGGUUGUUGAGUUUGCCAGACACAGUCUAGACGCGCUGCGUGGGGAUAGCUACAUACUGAAACCUCACGAGUUGAGUGAUGUUGGAUAGUGCCGGACACAUAGACGCUUUGAGUGAGGAAAGACACAUACUGAAACCUCACAGGUGAUUUGUAUUGGAGAUUGCCGGACACAUAGACGUGUUGAGUGAGGAUAGCUGCAUACUGAAACCUCACAGAUGGAUUGUUUGCCAGACACAUAGACGCGUUGAGUGGGGAUAGCUACAUACUGA